ACCAAGGCCAGCCCCUGCUCCUUGGUGAGCAUGUGUGACUGAAAGUCUGUGAUCAAGAAUGCCGAUAUGUCAGAGGAGAUGCAACUGGACUCAGUGGAGUGUGCUACUCAGGCACUGGAGAAGUAUAAUACAGAGAAGGACAUCGUGGCCCACAUCAAGAAGGAGUCUGACAAGAAGUACAACCCCGUCUGGCACUGCAUCGUGGGGAGGAACUUCUGUAGUUAUGUGACAUAUGAAACCAAAAUCUUCAUCUGCUUCUACCUGGGCCAAGUGGCCAAUCUCCUGUUCAAAUCUGGUUAAAAGCAUGGACUGUGCCACACACCUAGUGAUCCAUCCAAAAACCAGGACUGCAGCCUAAAGUCCAAAUACCAGAGACUGAAGUCUUCAGCCCUGCCUAAGGGAAUCCUCCAUCUUUGAACCUUUAUUGGGUUUUGUACGGGGCAUUCUCUGUACUGGUUUGUUGUGGUUAUAAAGCAAUUA